AUGCGCCUGGCUGUGAGGUCAGUCCCCAUAAAUACUGGCAAACCUCUGAAACAUUUUUCCACAAUGCUAUUUUAUCACAGCAGUCGCCAGGUGAAGGGUCCAGGGGUUGGCCUGCUUGGUUUCUCCAAAGGAGCCGAAGUGUCCCUUGCCAUGGCUGCCUUCCUGAAGAACAUCUUGGCUGUUGCUUCCCUCAAUGCCCCUGUUGCUGUUACAGCGAUUCCUCUCUCUUACAAAGAUAAAAUCAUCCCCACUGUCACCUUACAUCAACACAAAGCCAAGGCCACCAAUUCCAAAUUUCUUGACUAUUCUGAUGGCAUGGAGGAUCCCUUUCAAGCUCCUGGCGACCAAAGCCGGAUCCCACUAGAGAAAAGUGAGGCACAGCUUCUAUUCAUUGUGGGCCAAGAUGACUGUGUUGUCAAAAGUGAGUAUCAUGCUACUGAAGUCUGCAAGCUUCUGCAGGCUCAAGGGAAGAAAAAUUUUCAGAUCCUCUCCUACCCUGGAACAGGGCACUGCAUAGACCCACCCUUUUUCCCUUUGUACCACAUAGGAAGCCACCCUGUUUUUCACAAGCGAGCAGCCCUGGGUGGGGAGCUCAGGGCUUGUUCUAAAGCUCAGGUUCAUGCUUGGUCACAGAUCCAGGCAUUUUUCAAAAAGUAUUUAAUUGUUAACUAAUUUGCAACAAAUUAUGUGCAAGUAACACACAAUUUUGAACAACCAGAUCUGAUAAAUUCUACUGCAGUUAUGAGGUCAAACCUUUGUCACAGCUGUACCAGUAAAACUGCAGUAUCUUUCAUACCUUUGCAUAUCCAUAACACAGAAAAUAAAUGGGCUCGCCUUUUCUGUCCCCCUCUCAACCUUUUUGCUCAAGUGUCCAGAAAAGGAAUGGUGGUUUUUGCAUUAGUCUUUGAUAAAACAGGUCAUGUGCAAAAUGCACAGUUAUGUUUCUUGGGUGGUUCUAUUCCUCUAAUACUUGACAGUCCUUUCCAUGUCACCGUGGUCCCUACAUGAAUAUGCUAUCCUCAGGUCAUACUAAUUGUCUCUAAUGACAGUUUUGGAGCAGAGAUUUCACUGCUCUUCUGGUGACUGUGUCAUUGCAAUGGAAACAUCUCUGACCUCUGUGCUGCUGGAAGCGUGUAAGAACGGCUGCUAUGGCCAGGAUGCUGGGCUCUCUCUGGUUAAGCCUUGGGAAAGGCUGUU